AUGGAGCCUCUGGCGAAGAGACCAAGGACUGGCCCGUCGCCAUUAAGACAGCAGUCAAAAGAAGAUGAAGAUGAUGAGCUCAACUACGAGCCCGAUGAGGUGUCUCGGAUGCGGGACCCCGGCUUCCAACUCGAGCAGUCUCGUGCUUUCGCAGCCUUCAAGCUAAAGUCGACGUUCGAGCACAUCUUUCAAAAAUACGAGAGAGACUUUACCGGCAUCGGUGACGAGAUUGAUCUGAGGACCGGUGAGAUCAUUACGGACAAUGGUCAUUUGUCAAGUAUGCGGAAUGAACGAGAUACGGGGAUUCCCGAUGAAAACGAAGAAGAUGAAGGCAUGCUGUUGGAGGAAGCAUUUUCCUCUGGUGACGAUGAGGAAGAUAAUGAUGAGGAGGACGAAGAUGACCAAGAAGACGAACGGAUGUUGGGCAAAAAAGACGCAACACCUUCUUCGACAGCUCUCACACAAAAGGCAAAGGUUGAUUUGCAGUCUUGCUCAAGUCUUUCACACACUUUGCCAGCCUCUAGGCCUGAAUCUGAGCAGCGGCUGUCCAAUCUCGGCCCACAUCAAUCAGCGAAUGGUAACUCGAGUUCCUCUGCAAACCCUUGGGGGCGUGAGCCGGAGUCUGUUGAUCCGACAUGGAGGGUUCCAGAGAUCAACCCCCAGCAAUCAGACGAUGACUUAAUCGCAAAACUGUAUGGAGCAAGAUACCGCUUCCCAGUCAGUUCAGGAUCACAGUCUGUGUGGGCAUCACGACAAGACAGCGAGCAGGAGAAGGCGGCGUCCGAGCCUGCUCGUAUCGAUAUGGCGCAACUCGCUCGUGCGAGACAAGAAGCCUCGAGGAUGGCACGACAGACGUCCAAGAAGGUUCUGCACGUUUUUACUACCGAUGAUGACAAGGAGGAUGAUAUCCUAGGUGUUUCAACCGCCGAUCGAGAAUUCAGGAGCGAGAAGAAGAAGGAGGAGAAGAAGAAGAAAAGGAGCGGGGAAGAUGCGGCCAAGGAUCAAACAAAAACGAAGCCCCCGUUACCAGACUCUGCGGCCAAAGAACCUAGUCGUCAUAAACCAAGAAAGUCCUCAGUGGGGGAAAAGUUGACCUCAAAGAAACAGCUUGUUCCUGCCAAGGUCCGGAAACCAAGGAAGUCCGCUCAGCUGACCGAGUCUUCCAACCAAAGAGGUGAGGAACAUCUUGUCGAUGUCACCGCUCGACUGGACUCUACGCAGGGCUUGGGCAGUAUUGUGACGGGUGAAGAGGCGCAAAAAAGGCCAAGACAACACAUCGUCGUUGAGAUUUUCUCGAAACGCCCUCCAGCACACGAGAUUACUGAAGUUGAAGAUUCCGAUGAUAUGGUUAUAUUAGAUUCGGCCCCACAGGACACGGUGGAAGCCCUGAAUCUUAGUGGUUUAGCCGUCUCUGAGCCGGUUUCGAAAAGUCCAGUUCCUCGAGGAUCGCCUGUGGAAGCCGUCCCUGACGCGGAUGCGUCAGUUGAAGCAACAUCCGGGAAAACACCUGCGCCGCCAAAGGAGAAAUUCUUCAGGCAUGAGAUUGACCCAGCUUACGCCUUCUCCGACGAUGACGACGGUAUCCCUACCACGCGAGCAAGAGCAAGUCGCAGCCAGAAAGAGCCUACCGCUAUUCCUGUGACAGAAGAAUCUACGAAAGAAGUCUUCGUGGCAGGCAUGCGGCCUUCUGAAGAAACGCUUCCCUCGGAGAUCUCCGGGGAUCGGCAGGAUUCUGAAGCACAGCCAGAAUCAGGAGCAGAAAAUGGCAACCCUUCGUCUACUGCCGGCGAAUCAGCCGAUCCCGGCCUCCAUCGUCAUGAGGCCUCACAGGCCGCUACCAAUAUUCAACCGGCCUCCACUUCUCAGUCUUCAAGAGAUAUACUUGACAAACACCAAAUAACUGAGCAGCAUGUCACAAACGAGAUAAACAUGGCGGGCGCAGAGAAUGCUCCAUCGACUGAAGAUGUGGAUAUGCAGAUUUUAGAGCUUUUAGAUGAGAUAUAUCAAGAAACGGAGGCCCAUGGAAAUACUUAUGAGGGCGGCUGGGAAGGAGGAAGCCCCCUCGAAAAUAUUCGAGAAGAUGCUCAGUCAAGCGACGUACCGGUAGACAAUGCUCGGGAAGGAGUUCGAACGGAUAUUAUCCAGGGGGGGGAUGGAACCGAAGAGCAACGCCCAGCAGGAGACACCCUGCAAGAGGAAGACAAAGAGGUUAUCGAACCAUUCAUCGUCCCCCUCGGCCUCGACGAGAUGGACGGAACAAGCACAGCCGAGACCGACCCCGAGCCAGAAGCAAUGGAUUUCGAACUUCCCAUCCUCACGCCCCUGGAAGAGGCGCCGCCUCCAACAGGAGCCCUCUCGGCAAUGCCCCGUCGAGGCUGUCUGUCCUCGGCAUUCCACUCUGGACGCCUCGAAAACACCGCCACCUCCCCCAUGCGAGGCCUCAAGCUCCAAUCCAGCAGCCCCCCCGAGAGGCACGCAGACCCCGGCUCCUCCCCUGCGGCGGAUGCCGGCGGGCCUGUCUGGCCUCGCGCCUCGGUCAGUCCCAAGCGCGAGACGACCCACGAAACCCAAGAGGCCGCCGCCAGCCGGUCCUCUCCCGCUCUCGCCUCGCAGGCUGCCAGUCCCGAGGCGGCGGACGCCCCAGAGUCACCGGCUGUCGGCCAGGCUUCGCCAGCACCCAAGCCGCCCAGGAGGAAACGGCAGCCGAAGCAGCCCAGCACGCCGUCUUCGAGACGACCUCGCAUCGCGGCCAAGGGCUCGUCCGCCAAGAUAUCCGUAAUCUCCCUCCUCUCGGACGACGAAGACGACGAAAAACUCACCCCGGACCUCUUCAAGACCCGCACUCCCGGCCGCGGGGACCGGUUGCUCUCGGGAGAUCCCGGCGGAGGUUCCCCCUCGACGCCCGCCCUACCCGCCGGGCCACAGGCAAAGACAGCCACGCCCGCGCAGCAGCACGUACCGAGCGGGGGCCGCGCGGGUUCUGGCGCGUCCACCACGUCCAGACACCGGAAGCGCAUGGCGGCGUGGGCGUUCGCUACCCCCUCCAAGGCCCACCUCGGCAGCCCGUCGGGGUCGCUCGUCCGCACGCCGGGCGGGAAUUUGCGCCGUUGCGGCGAGGAGGGGUUCCGGUGCGACAGGGAUUUCUGCUUCACAUGCCUGUAG